GGCCGGGGACUGUCCUGGGGCUCCAGUGGACGGCAACGCUUCCCGCUGUGCUGAAGGUGCUGCCCUCAGCGGGCCAGCCUGGCGGGUGCUGGGCCAGCAGGGCACGGCAGGGCAGUUGUGGGUGGCGGGCGGGGUCAGCCGUGGGUGUCAGGUGUCAGCUGGGCCUGGCCACGUGAGGCACGUCAGCUGGCCCUGGCACCUGGCAGGCGAAAUUCGUGGCAACCGAAGGUCUUGGUUUGGGAGGUUUCUGACGUGUUACAUACACAGAACAGCGUAGCGGUGCAGCGGCAGCCUUGGUCUUGGCCCAGGAGACUUUACGAAUAGUCUCCUUGGUCUUGGCGGCGGGCGGCGGCCCGAGGCGUCAACAAACACACGUGGAGGAGCGCGGUGCCUGCCCGGCGAGACACAGCACUUUAUUAUUAUAGUCUCCUGGCACAGCACAGCCCCUAAAGCAUUGCAGAAGAAGAUUAGUGCACACCUACUCACGCCUCGCAAGCUGUCAGUCACUCUUUGCACUUUUCCAGGGAUCUCUGGCUCGGAGAUAUGUUGUAGUGACAGCAAGGCACCACCACCACAGGGCCACAGGCACCCUGGCACGGCACCCCCAGGCCUUGGCACCACCCAGGCCCCCACACCCGAGACAGCCAUGCCGCCGCGAAGACAGCAACAGAGUAAAAAGAAGCCCCCCGGCAAGCCAGGUGUUCCCACAAACACGUCAGCAGUCGAGGAUGGCACGGAGGCAGUGGACAGAUUCAGGGUUGAGCUGCAGUGGUGUGUGCAGCAGCUUGAAGCGUCCAUGAAAAAGGCAUCCCUCAAAGAAAGAGAAGACAUGGCCAAAGCACAUCGGACCCUGACGAGCAGCAAGGCACAACACAUCAAGAAGAGGCAAGUGAUGAGCUCGCUGUUUGGUGAUUACCGGAGCAAGAUGGCACAAGAGGAGUCAAAAAUUAAAAUGGAGACGCCGAAGAUGAAGAAGAGUUCUGCCCUUCCAAGUGAGUCUGUGUUCUUCAGAAAGUCGACCGUUCAUUCCCCGGACAUCAUCACUGAACCUUCAACAAAUUCCAAAGAGCCAGCUGUGAGCCAGGAACCAGAAGUCACAACCUCAGACUCAUCUGGUAAUGGGAGCACUUCUGGAGCUCUCGUUAAGGAGGUGAAUGCCGGUGGUGGUGAGGAAGCAAACUUUACUGGGAGUGGUGCAAAAAGUUUAUCCCCUGAGAGUUUAGGUGGGCCAAAGAAAGUAGUGACACCAUUCAAAGCAACUCAAUCUGGGAGCACGUUUAAGUUUAAUUUUUCCGUGCUGUGACUGUUGCAUUUGCUAUACACACUCGUUUCGUCAAGCAUCCCGAGUGUUGCAUCUAUUGUAUAUACUCAUGUUAGUAAGUCAAGUUUUUGUUACAAUUUUUUGAAGUCUAGUUUAGGAGGUUGACUUUACAUGGAUACUACUUCUCUGGAGGGUUACCACUACUACUAUUACUACUUUUAUUACUACUACUAUACUACUACUACUACUACUACUUUACUACUACUACUACUACUACUACUACUACAACUACUAUUGGUACUACUAACAUUUUUGAUGGCUUGUAUUUAUUCCGCAGUUAAGCAUCACAGCCCCCCCCCCCCCUUUUUUUUUACACCAAUGGAAACAGCUCAAGGGCAAAAAUAAAGAAAACAACAAUGAAAAAACCCUGCAAAUCACUGCCCUUGUAAAAUAGUUAAGAGGAGUGGCCAAAAGAGAGGUCAAUUUUGGAAGGAGAGGUGUCUUGAUACUCUCCUCUUGGGGGGAUCAGCUUUUGCAUGACCAGCAAUACAUACACUGGAAACUCACACUGUGACAGGAAGGCCGAGGAAGACGUGGAGAAGGGUGGUGGAGGAAGAUAUGAGGAGGCUGAACAUCAUGGAAGAAAUGGCUAUGGACCGGCAACAGUGGAGGAGGCUCAUAUCCCGUCCAACCCCACCAUAGGGAAUAAAUGGACGUUAAACGAUGAUGAUGAUGAUGAUGGCGGGGCUUUGUUCCAUAGAAAGUAGUCAAAGAAUGAACAUGUUUGUUUCACCUGGAUUACAGAGAAAUGAACAAGCUUAGGUCGGUAUUUUCAGCCGCUUCCACCUCUCGCAUUAACAAUUUCCAAGGCCAAAAAGGAGAUUAAUCAAGUUCUCAUGAGGGUUUUUUUCAUGUUCUUGGUACAGAAGCUUUGUCACACCACCAUCAGGGUCAUAAAACUACCCAGGAAAAUGCCCACAACCAAGAUUGCCUUGUCAACUGUGUGUGGUUGGGUGCUGAAAAGCUUAAAAAUGUGUGUCUUAGGUUACUGCCUAUCUUAGUGAUCCAUGAGAAAUCUGAUAAAAAAGGAAAAUAGCAAUAAAGUUAACUUCUUGACUGUGGAUUUCCUUCCAGAAGACAUCAGCAAGCUACAGGAAUGGAACAAAAAGUGGCUGCUACUAUUCAAUGAAGAAAAAUGUUAAGUCCUGCAACUUGGGAGGGGAUAUCCAGCACACCAGUACCACAUGGGAAACACUCCAUUAUCCACCACAGGGUCUUGGUGCAGAGCUUCAAGGCUCAGUAAAGGUGGUGUCACACUGGCCAUUUUCCUCCAACCGUUGGGGCUACUGGCAACCGCGGUUGUCUGUACACUUAACCAGUUGUCCAGUAGGUCGGAGGUCAUUUACAUUUAAAUGGCCCUCGACUUCCUCAGCAAGACCCUUUAAAUACCUCUCCCUGUCUCUCCUCAGGAGAGCAGAGAAAGACCUGGGAGUAUAUGUCACCAGGCUACAAGUGAAACCUAAAUCCAUGCUAAUCACAGCGGAUGGCUUACUAAAAAAGGAAAUUUACCAGUUUUCUCGAGUGUUUCCUGGAGAGGUUCUUGGUAG